AUGGCCACCGCUACCGACGUCGAACUACGCACCGUGCUGAGCACAAAGCAGCAGAGCUCCGUGGUUGCACGAGACCGCGGCGACGCCCCGACCUCGUCCAUCCCCAUUGCGGUUGAACGGCGCUUGGACGCAGAGGAGGCGCCGACGAAUGCGGCCACGGCGAUCCCUGAGGGAGGCUACGGCUGGACCAUCGUCUCGGUGUGUGCGCUGCUGACCUUCUGGUUCAACGGCAUCAGCGGCAGCUGGGGGGUCGUGCAGGCGGCGCUCCUGCAGUCCAAGCUCACCGACACGCCGACCUCGACCAUCUCCUUCGUGGGCACGCUGGGGCUCGCCUGCGUCGUGGCGUUCGGGCUGUUCGGGGUGCGCCUGGUGCGCCUGCUGGGGGCGCGGGCGACGGCGCUGCUCGGGGUCGCCCUCGUGUCGCUGGGCGAGAUCUGCUCGUCCUUCACCACGGCCAACGUGGGCGGCCUGUUCGGGUGCUCGGGCGUGCUGUUCGGCCUGGGCGCCUGCCUGUGCUACUCCAUCUCCAACACGCUGCCGACGCAGUACUUUGCCGCGCGCCUGGGCCUGGCGUCGGGCCUGGUCAAGUUCGGCGGCGGCAUCGGCGCGGCGGUGCUGGCCGUGGCCAUCGACGCCCUGAUCCGCCGCGUGGGCAUCCCCUGGACGUUCCGGAUUCUGGGUGUCUGCUCGCUGGCCACGAGCGGGCCGGCCGUGUUCUUCAUCCAGGAGCGCGUCCCGCUCGGGCGCGUCCCGUUCCUGGACCUGUCGCUGUUCCGCAACCUGCCCUUCACGGCCAUCUUUUGCGCCGGCGCCAUCGGCACGUUCGCGCUCUUCGUCCCGCCCUUCUUCCUCCCGCUGGUCGCGCAGAGCGUCGGGCUCAGCUCGUCGACCGGGGCCGGGCUGGUGGGCGCCUUCAACGCGUGCACCGCGGUCGGCCGCUUCGUGUCCGGUUGGCUCAGCGACCUCAUCGGCCCCGUCAACAUGUUCCUGCUGGCCAUGACCCUGAACGCCGUCAGCAUGCUGGCCAUCUGGCCCGUCUCGGACUCGCUUGCGCCGCUGGUCGUGUUUGCCAUGCUGAACGGCCUGGCCAACGGCGCCUUCUUCACCCUCUACCCCGUCGUGGUGGCCAGUACCGCGGCCCGCGUGGACAACAGCGAGUCCGGCCGCGUGGCCAUCGCAAUGGGCAUGGCCAUCUCCGGGUGGACGGGCGGCUACCUGAUGGGAGUACCCAUUGCAGGAUAUCUCCUCCAGGCCUCCGGGGUUGGGGGCGGGUCGUCGUCCUCGCCUUCCGGUGCAGGGAGGCAAGGAAAAUCCGGCGCCUCCAUCGACCCGUACCGGCCGGCCAUCUUCUAUGCCGGGGGUGUCGCGCUCGCGGCCGCGGGGUGCGUGUUGAUAGCGAGGUUGAAGCUCGCCCGGGGCAUGAGGAAACGGGUUUGAGGUGAUGGACAAGACACCGCUGGGACGUUGUUGGCCAUAGUCGCCCUCCUACGGGCUGCAUAUCUGUGCUGCGCUGGUCUAGGGGUGUAUCUACACGAGCGCACGCACAUGGAGGAAAGGGCCCAUCCAUCCAUUCAUCCACGGAGGUCCUUGGAGCGUGGGAUCGUGGACCGCAUGACACAAGAGGGAUUCCCAUCUAUGGUUGGAUGUAUAUUGAGCGAAGACAUCCCAGCUGUCUCUCGUCACGGUCACGCUCCCCUAUCCCGCCUCGGUAGCGUGCCUGCAUGGGGUAGAUACAGUCCUACAGUCCUACAGACCUACUAUCCUGUGCUGAGAGGUACAGCACAGACAGACCAUAACACGCAGCGCCAUUUCCACCCG